AUGUCUCGGGAUACUGACCACCCGGGGAUACAGGAGGAGAUUUCCAGGAAGGACGACAGGCUCCUCACCUUGUUAAAAGAUGUGUAUGUUGAGUCCAGAGACCCACCUGUGCAGGUAAAAGAUGGAGGUGGUGAACAUCUUCCAAGUAAGCAGGAGGAAAAGAGACUUACAAAACUGGGCCACUUGGGAGAUCUAGAUGUUAAGAGAGUUCCCAAAGGCAAAAUUUCCAUUGUGGAGGCUCUGACACUUCUUAAUAAUCAUAAACUUAAUCCUCAAGUAUGGACUGCAGAGAAAAUAGCAGUGGAAUACAGUCUGGAACUGAAGGACGUCAACUCCCUUCUGGAAUUCUUCAUUCCUUUCACUGUGCAGGAAUUCCCUAAAGAAACCAAGAAAGCUAUAAAGUCAACAUAAAAAUAAUUAUCAAGCCUUUGAGUGAUCUCACUUGUGUCUUAAUUUUACUCUUGAGUAUAUUUGGUGU